CUGCUUUAAAAUCUUCUAGCAAGAAUUUCCAUAGAUUUAAUCGAAUGAGAGUCGUUAUCAGUUCUGUAUUUUUACAGUGUACAAAAUAAGAAAAGCUGGUGGCUAUGGUAUGUUAAAGGAAAGCAUAGACUUACACUGUUGUAAACUGAGAGGAGGGAAUGCCAUGCACUAUUGAAUCUGUUAAAACAACAAUGCAAGAGAGAUAUUGCAAUGUCAGAAUGUCAUUGUCGUAAUGUAUUGCUCUGUGAAAAGUACUGUAGAGAUGAAUUUCAAGAAGGGUUGAUAUAAUCCAGAUCCUGAAUUUGAUCUAGCUUCAUGUUUAGCCUGAGACACAGAGAUUCUAGAUACUUGUAGAAGUUUCAUUGAAAGUAACAUUUUACAACAGAUUUAUUUCAGUUUUUAAAUCUCCAUGAUGCCUCUCCUGAAGGAUGGACUCUCCUUUAAACCUCUGCUCAGCUCCUUCACUGAUGUGGUUUUCCAUCACUCUGUGUUCAUCCUCCUCCUAACACAAUGCUGUGCAGGUCAGUCCCAGGUGGUUGGUCCGUCUCAGCCAAUACUUGCAACAGUCGGUGAUGACAUCAUUUUGCCAUGUCGCCUUGACCCUGCUGCCGAUGCUUCAGACAUGACUGUGGAGUGGUCGAGAUCUGACCUGGACCCCAGAUUUGUUCAUGUGUGGCGUGACGGCGUGGAACUGGAGAAUAAAAAACAUCCGUCCUAUAAAGGAAGGACAUCAGUGUCCAUUAACAACCUGAGACAUGGAGACAUUUCACUGAAACUGUCCAAAGUGAAACUCUCUGAUGAUGGAAAAUACAAAUGCUUCAUUCCUACACUGGGUACAGAAUCUACUGUUGAUCUUGUUGUUGGUGAGUCUCGGGUGAUUGGUCCACCUCAGCCAAUAGCUGCAAUAGUUGGUGAUGACAUCAUUUUGCCGUGUCGCCUGGAACCCGCCGUGGAAGCUGUUUCAAUGGCCAUUGAGUGGUCGAGAAUUGACCUGUACCCCGGAUUAGUCCAUGUGAGACGUGUUGGUCAGAACCUGCUGGGGGUCCAAAAUCCAGCGUAUGAGGGAAGAACGUCAGUGUCCACCAACAAACUGAAGCUCGGAGACUUUUCACUGAAGCUCUCCGGAGUCAAACUCUCUGAUGCAGGAACGUACAAAUGUUUGAUUCCAGGAUUAAACAAAAACGCUUUUGUUCAUCUCGUUGUUGGUGCUGCUGCCCUACCUGCCAUAGUUCGUAUUGACAGAGCCAGGACUGGACUGGUUCUACGGUGUGAAUCCAAAGGCUGGUAUCCAGAGCCUGAGGUGGUCUGGCUGGACGGUGAGGGAAACCUCCUCUCUGCUGGACCUACAGAGACAGUCAGAGGUCCUGAUGACCUCUAUACUGUCAGCAGCAGAGUGACUGUGGAGAAGAGACACAGCAACAACUUCAUCUGUAGAGUCCAACAGAAGGACAUCCACCAGACCAGAGAGACACACAUUGAUGUCCCAGAAGAUUUAUUCAUCGUCCCAUUUAGUUCUGCUGUUCGUAUCGGCAUCAACUUCGCUGUUUGCUUCUUGUGUGUUCUUGUUCUGGUCUUUGCUGUGUGGAAACGGAGGCAUCCCAAAAUCCGAAACAAUACUGAACCGGGAGAAAAGAAGAUCACAUAUAACAGUGUUGCUGAAAUCCAGUCCCUGAUGGAAGGGGAAAGAGACGGAGAGCAACACAUGACAGAAAAGGAGAAAGCUGAGUAUUUAGAAAAGAAGAAGAAACUUAGUGAAGCAUUACAAAGGAAUGAAGAAGAAUGUAAAUAUAUAGUACAGGCAGUUGAUUCACUGAAACAAAAUAAGGAGGCACUGGACAAACACAAAUCUGAACUUAACCUACACUCUGAUUUUAUGAAUAAACAGCUUGUUUUAGUUAAGAGAUUGUUGAAGGAGGCAUAUACUGAAGGGAAAAAAACAACUUACGUGGAGAUGAUAGAAGAUCUGGGGAAGAGAAUAGAAGCAACUAAAAAUCUGUUAGAGGUCACAGAAAAACUGCUCCAGAGAACAGAGAAGGAGAUUGGUCAAAAAACAGAAAGGAAACGUGAACUAGAGCUCUUAAAGGAGCAGAUUAAUAAAUACCUGCAGGAGAAUCAGAGGGCUGAGAUUCAGGUGGAAGUUUAAACAGAGCAACCAGAGAGAGAAGGAUAAACAGUAUUUACACUUUAUUCAAAUGAUUUCUGUCCUGCAGGUAAUAUUGAAAGACUUGGUUAGUGUAAUGAACACACUGGUUCAGUUCAUAUGUUCUGUAUUAAUCAGAGUGAACAUUGGUCAGAUUAUUCUCACUCACAUCCUCAUGUUCAUGUGAUAUAGCCUUUUCCUUCACUGGAAUUAGACCAGUCCAGAGACAAGAGCAGAAGAAACUCAGAGAAAUGGCACGUCUGACUUGUGUUUGCCUGAAAGGCCUCAGAAAGUUGUGGGCUGUAAACUUUUGAUGGCUUCUGAAAGGGGGCAUGCCUGAAAAAGUUUGAGAACCACUGUUUGGAUUUAGAUUUAGAUUCAAUUAUAACAUGAAGCUAAAAAUGAGACUGGUUUAAUCGUUUUUCUGAUGUCAGUUAAUAAAUCCUGUAAUUUUGUUUCAUUUGAGGAAAUAUAUCUUUUUUACACUUUGUUAGCAUCCCUUUGUCCUUUAAAUCUUGUUUCUGUAAGUCUGUGUCAUUUUAGUGUGAAAUAAAUUGACUUUAAAGUGA